UCGUUUGGCGAAAGAGAGAAGCCCGCCUUUGUGUUCUAAAAUUUUGGCACCAGAAAAAUUUUGAAAUCCCCAAAUUCGAUUUUGUGUUCUCUUCUUAAUCGAUUUAGGGUUUUCAAGACUCUCGCGAUAAAGCUUUGAGAUCUAGGGUUUUUUUUUUCUUUCUCUUUACUUUUGAUUCGUUUUUCUCGAUUUGGACUCUCAUGGCGACGGAAACCCUAGAUGAGAAGACACCGGGAGCUGGAUCUCCGGCGAAGGAGGAAUUGGGUGUUGGCGACGCCUCGAAGGUGGCGGAAGUAGCGGAUCCCCCAAGAAACGACGACGCGGAGAAGAAGGAAGAGGCUGAAUCGAAAGAAGGUGAAUUGGAAGAUAAAGAGGAUGUAAAAGAUGAGGAAGGAGAAGGAAGUGGAAGCAAGAAGGAGGCGGUGACUCCGAUUAGCGAUAGGCCUACGAGGGAGAGAAAGCAAGUUGAGCGUUUCUCCUCGUCUGGUCCUGUGCGGGUUACACCGAGCAAGUCCGUUUCAAUUGAAAAGGGUCGUGGAACACCGCUCAAGGAAAUUCCAAAUGUUGCUCAUAACCUGUCUAAGAGAAAAGCUGACGACAACCUGAUGCUGCUACACACCAUUCUCUAUGGGAAGAAAGCAAAGGCACAGAUGGUUAAGAAAAACAUUGGUCAGUUUUCUGGCUUUGCAUGGUCAGAGAAAGAGGAGGAGAAGCAAAGAGCACGACUAAAGGAGAAACUUGACAAAUGCAUAAAAGAAAAGUUAAUCUUUUUCUGUGACGUACUUGAUAUACCUGUAAACAGAAGCAACAUAAAGAAAGAAGAAUUAGCUGUCAAAGUGCUUGAAUUUUUGGAAUCUCCCAAGGCAACAAGAGAUGUUAUACUUGCUGAUCGUGAAAAGCAAGCCAAAAAGCGCAAGAGCACACAAAGGAAGGGGAAAUCUGGAGAAUCUUCAGAGACCCCAGCCAAGAGGAAGAGGCAAACAAAAAAGCGAGAUCAGCCAGAGGCAGAAGAAGGCAAGGAUGAGGGGGACUCUGAUUCUGAAGGUACUAAGGAUGCUAAUGAAGACGAUGAUUCAGCACGAGAAGAAGAAGAAAGUGACCAUGAAAAGGCUGGAACUGAAGAUGAGAAAGACGAAGCAGAAGAUGAAAAGCCAUCUGAUAAGAAAAUUUCAUCGAAAAAGACUGAAGAGAAGAGCUCAGGGACCAAAGGGAAGGAUAAACAAGCUUCUGCGAAAGGUUCUAAAAAAUCGGGUGAAAAGUCCUCCAAAAGAGUUGCCAAGUCAACUUCAUCCCCAGCCAAGAAGCAAAAAGUUGAUCACGAAGAGUCUUCUAAAGGGAAAAGCAAGAAACAGUCAACUAAGACACAGGCUAAGGGAACUAAAGAGAAAGGAAAAGCCAUUAAGAAAGGCAAAGCAGAGCCCACCAGAGAAGAGAUGCUUGAAGUGGUGUCCAAAAUGCUGCAGGAAGUAGACUUCAAUACGGCGACAUUAUCAGAUAUUCUGAAGAAGCUAAGCAAGCAUUUCGGUGUUGAUCUCUCGCAUAGAAAACCAGAGGUGAAGGCUGUUAUCACAGAUGCUAUAAGUGCAAUGACUGAUGAAGAAGACGAAGAGGAGAACUCUGAGGCUGGAAGUGACGGAGAGAAGGAAGAAGAGAAAAAGGCUGAGGCUGAAAGUGAUAAAGAGGAGGAAGAAGAGAAAGACGAGGAAGAGGAAAAAGCUGAGGCUGAAAGUGAUAAAGAGAAGGAAGAAGAGGAAAAAGCCGAGGCUGAAAGUGAUAAAGAGAAGGAAGAAGAGGAGAAAGCUGAGGCUGAAAGUGACAAAGAGAAGGAAGAGGAGAAGCCAAAGGAUUAAGGUUAGUGAGAGUUUCUCUCAAGAUCUGAUGUGAAGAGAAUCAAAACUGAUCAACAUGGUCUAAGUGACAAAGAGAGUGUUGAAUCUGUACUUUGUACUACUAUGUAAUCUCCCUAUAGUUUGCUCAUGUAGUGACUUCUUGUGUAGCUGUUACAUGUUAGGUUUUUCCUAAUCCUUGUUCUAUUUGAUACCCUUGACAUUAACUUUUAUUUUUAUGGGUUUUAAGACUUUCACUA